GCAGGACGAGGAGGGAAAGUGAUGGAGGCGAGGAAGGUGGAGGAGUGAUUUUGGAGUCCAAGUGAGGAGUUUGUCACUUUUGUAUACGAUCUUCGGCCCUUUUGAGCGCGCACUGCCCAGGUGUGGAGAGCGCGGAUCGAGCUGCGCCACUGGAGGACUUUCUCUCCGGAGUUCCAAGAAGGUGCCAUCGGAACCAAUGCGGCGUUGUUGCGGGGCGGCAGGAUCCCAAUCAUCAUCAUCAUCAUCAUCAUCAUCAUCAUCACCGCCCUGACGAGCAAUGGCGGGCCCGGAGCAGCAGGUGGAGGAGGAGAAGGCCGAGCACAUCGAUGACGCCGAGCUGGCUCUGCAAGGCAUCAACAUGCUGCUCAACAACGGCUUCAAGGAGAGCGACCAGCUCUUUCGGAGAUACAGGACCCAGAGCCCGCUGAUGAGCUUUGGGGCCAGUUUUGUCAGCUUCCUGAACGCCAUGAUGACCUUCGAGGAGGAGAAGAUGCAGACGGCCUGCGAUGACCUGAGGACCACGGAGAAGCUGUGCGAGAGCGACAGUGUUGGCGUGCUGGAGACCAUCAGAAACAAGAUCAAGAAGAGCAUGGACUCCCAGAGGUCGGGGGUGGUGGUCGUGGACCGCCUGCAGAGGCAGAUCAUCGUAGCCGAUUGUCAGGUCUACCUCGCUGUGCUCUCCUUCGUCAAGCAGGAGCUUUCAGCGUACAUGAAGGGCGGCUGGAUCCUGCGCAAGGCGUGGAAGAUGUACAACAAGUGCCACAGCGACAUCAGCCAGCUGCAGGCGGGCGACGAGUCUCCCCCCACCGACAACGCCAACCACAAGCAGGCGGCGGUGGACAACGAGGCCCUGGAGCGCCUGAAGGGCUCGGUCAGCUUCGGCUACGGCCUGUUCCACCUGUGCAUCUCCAUGGUGCCGCCGCACCUGCUGAAGAUCAUCAACCUGCUGGGCUUCCCCGCCGACCGUCUCCAGGGCCUCUCCUCGCUGAUGUACGCCAGCGAGAGCAAGGACAUGAAGGCGCCGCUCGCCACGUUGGCCCUCUUGUGGUACCACACGGUAGUGCUGCCUUUCUUUGCGCUGGACCACACACACAGCGGCCUGGCGGAAGCUAAAGACAUCCUGCAGAGGAAGUCGCUGGUUUACCCAAACUCCUCCCUUUUUAUGUUCUUCAGGGGGCGUGUCCACAGGCUGGAGUGCCACAUCAACAGUGCUCUGGCUUGUUUCCACGACGCGUUAGAACUGGCUUCAGACCAAAGAGAGAUCCAGCACGUGUGUCUGUAUGAGAUCGGCUGGUGCAGCAUGAUCGAGAUGAACUUUGAGGACGCCUACCAGGCCUUUGAGCGGCUGAAGAACGAGUCGCGCUGGUCGCAGUGCUACUACGCCUACUUGACGGGAGUGUGCCAGGGCGCCUCGGGUGACCUGGACGGAGCCAGCCGAGUCUUCAAAGACGUGCAGAAGCUGUUCAAGAGGAAAAACAACCAGAUUGAGCAGUUUGCCGUCAAAAGGGCGGACAGGCUGAGGAAGAUCUCGCCCAGCAGAGAACUUUGCAUCCUGGGCGUCAUCGAAGUCUUGUAUCUGUGGAAGGCUCUUCCUAACUGCUCCUCCACCAAGCUGCAGAUCAUGAACCAAGUGUUGCAGCGUCUGGAUGACGCGUCUUGCAGAGGCCUCCAACAUCUCCUCCUGGGCUCCAUCCACAAGUGUCACGGGAACCUGAGGGACGGCGUACAGUCUUUCCAGCUGGCUGCCAGAGACCAAUACGGACGGCAGGUGAAUUCCUACGUUCAGCCGUACGCCGUCUACGAACUGGGCUGUAUACUGCUCGCCAAGCCAGAGACUGUGGGCAAAGGCAGAUCGUUCUUACUUCAAGCCAAGGAGGAUUUCACAGGCUACGACUUUGAGAACAGGCUUCACGUGCGCAUCCACUCGGCGUUGGCCUCCCUGAAGGAAGUCGUGCCUCAGUGACUCCAGCGUUUUUGACACCACCUACAACUCCGUGGCCUCCAGGCCCCGUGGUAAACCUUCUUUGGGGCGAGUUUGUGUCUUGUUAAGGCAUUAACGCCAUAAAAUAGGAAAAAUGCACACAAAGAAAACAGUGUUUUAACAAAAUCACAAUUUCUGCCAAAAAAACGACAGGAACCACUUUGGUUGCGCAUCCGUUUCUUCAAUAAAGUGGGAGAUGCGUUUUAUAUUUACAUGCUCAACAUGUUUAAAAAUGUCAGUCUUAUGUUUGUGGACGCACAAAAUGCAAUGAAGUCACUGUGUAAAAUUCCUAACUCAAAUUGCCUCCGCCCCACAGGAUGUUGAAAUAAAAUCGGAAGGACAGGAAGUGGAUUUUUAAGAAAAUCAAUGUAUUUUAGCCAAAUAACAGGAAUAAUUGAAAACAUUUAGCAUAGAUUUUGACCUAAAAUACCUUAUACACAUUCGCGUUAAACGUACAUUCCCUUCAUUUUAAAUACUUGCAUAAUUCUGGGGAAUUAGGUAUUUUUUUCACCAUCUUCCAUAGUUUGAAAGUAUAUUAUAAUUCAAACUAGAUCAGGAGUCGGCAACCCAAAAUGUUGAAAGAGCCAUAUUGGACCAAAAAUACAAAAACAAAUCUGUCUUGAGCCAUAUUACAUACAGAUAGUGUGUCAUGAGAUACAAAUUGAAUUAAGAUGACUUAAAGGAAACUAAAUGAGCUCAAAUAUAGCUAAAAACGAGGCAUAAUGAUGCAAUAUGUACAUAUAGCUAGCCUAAAUAGCAUUUUAGCAUCGAUUAGCUUGCAGUCAUGCAGUGACCAAAUAUGUCUGAUUAGCACUCCACACAAGUCAAUAACAUCAACAAAACUCACCUUUUGUGCAUUCAUGCACAUCGUUAAAAGUUUGGUGGACAAAAUGAGAUAGAAAAAGAAGUGGCAUAAAACCAUACUUGCC